GCUCCACUUUCCACUCCCUGUUCGUCGUCUUCCCUUUUUCCUGCUUUUUAAUUUUUGAUAUUUAUACCUCAUUUGUUGCCACUCGCAACUUAUAAGUUACAACACACACAGCUUGUGGUCAAGCAAGAUAUAAAAACGGAAAAAAUACAGAGAGAGAGACAGGAAAAAAAAAAAGCAAGAAAAAUAAUUAAUGAUUUGCCUCCCUCUCUGUAAAUUUCACAGAUUUCUGUCGACCCCUUUAUUGCUUCUCCUCCUCUGGUUCUUCUUUUCCCUCUGCAGCAACAGCAUCAACCACCACAUCGACUUAACCCCUUCUUUUCGAUUUUCUUAAUUCUUCAAUCUACUGCUAAAGGCUGAACCAACGACAAAAACUCAUGUCUGGUUUGUAUAAUCCGAACUUCUCUCACGCUAGAGCGGCUUCUCCUCAGAUUAGAAGCACCCCGGAUGUGGAUAGUCAGUACUUGCAGGAGUUGCUGGCAGAGCAUCAGAAGCUUGGACCCUUUAUUCAAGUCCUUCCGAUAUGCAGUCGGCUGUUAAAUCAAGAAAUAUUGAGAGUUUCUGGAAUGAUGUCCAACCAAAGUUUUGGUGAUUUUGACAGACUGCGGAAUAGAAGCCCAAGUCCCAUGGCAUCUUCAAAUCUCAUGUCUAACGUCACUGGGUCCGGUAUAGGUGGCUGGAAUCCGCAGGAGGUGAGAUUUUGUGGACCAACUGGAAUGACAAUGGAUUGGCAAGGUGGAGCACCGGCAAGUCCUAGUUCAAUCACUGUCAAGAGGAUAUUGCGAUUGGAAAUUCCUGUAGAUACAUACCCCAAUUUCAACUUUGUUGGAAGACUUCUGGGACCAAGAGGCAACUCUCUGAAACGUGUAGAAGUUAGUACAGGAUGCCGUGUGUAUAUUAGAGGAAAAGGAUCAAUAAAGGAUCCAGACAAGGAAGAGAAAUUAAGAGGAAGACCAGGCUAUGAACAUCUCAAUGAACCGCUGCAUAUUUUGAUCGAGGCUGAUUUGCCUGCAAGUGUAGUUGACUUAAGGCUUAGACAGGCACAGGAAAUUAUUGAAGAAUUGCUCAAACCUGUGGACGAGUCACAAGACUACAUUAAGAGGCAGCAGUUGCGUGAACUAGCUAUGCUGAAUUCAAAUUUCAGAGAAGAGAGUCCUGGUCCAAGUGGUAGUGUAUCUCCAUUCAAUUCCAGUGGAAUGAAGCGUGCAAAAACAGGUCGCUGAGAAACCUUUCUUUCUUACUAUUUGUCUAAACGCUUAUCUCAUCGUGGUCUGGUACAUUUUCAACCAGUGCAGAAGCUACGAAAAGAAUAAGUUAACUCAAUUUUUGCUGGCUAGCAUUCUGGUGGUUUUGGUCCUUUUUGAACAAAGUUGGGAAAAAAAAAAAAAAGAUUAAAACAAGUCAUAUAGCUGAGUAUUGAGAUGAAACUAGGUCUGUUUAGAUCAGUCCUUUAUUUUUUGUUUUUACUCCCCAUAAACCUGAUACAUUCAUUGGAUUUAUUCUUGUGUUUAGAUUUUUACCGUUGAGAAAUGUGGGGAAUACAUGUGAUGGGGAAGGUGCUUAGGGUCUGAAGAGUUUUGUGAGGCAUGUCAAGUUGUUUUAUGAUUUAUAAUAUAUAUAAGGAAGUAUAGGGGUGGAUUCAUUUUAGUUGUUUAUCAUAAGUAAUUGUAUUCUGUUAACAUUGGAGCGAUGCAUGUCAGGUGAUUAGGAAUGUCUUAGAAUGUAACAAAUAUGAUGGAAAACAAAAAAAUGGUUUUCGUUUAUUGUAUGUAUAUAAUUGUUGGCCAAAAGUUUUGAUAUGUAUAUUAAAUUAUGGUUUUACACUAA